UUUCUUGUGCCCUGAAAGGCGAUUAGUCUUUCUGGCAUUGAUGGAGUUAAGCAUUGCCUUAUGUACUGAAGUAAGCAGUGGUGCAUUCUGGUAAUAAGGUGGUUUGAUGGUUGCUGUGAGUUCCACGCUGUAGUGAGUGCACUGGUAACAGCAUGUGGCAAGAAUUUAUAAUGUGAAAUGUGGAACUAUGACUCUGGUGAUGAGGAACCAGCCUCUCAAUCUGACAAGAGUGAACUGCACAGCACUCUGAAAACCCUCUCGAGUAAACUGGAGGAUCUAAGCACAUGCAACGAUCUUAUAGCUAAACAUGGAGCGGCUCUCCAGAGGUCCCUGAGUGAGCUGGAGAACCUGAAGCUGCCUGCAGAGAGCGGAGAGAAGAUCAAAGCUGUGAAUGAGCGAGCUACCCUAUUCAGAAUCACCUCCAAUGCUAUGAUCAAUGCUUGUCGUGAUUUUCUGGAGUUAGCAGAGACCCACAGUCGAAAAUGGCAGCGGACCCUACAGUAUGAACGAGAGCAGAGGAUUCGCCUAGAGGAAACGAUUGAGCAGUUAGCCAAACAACAUAACAGCUUGGAACGAGCCUGCCGAGGAGCCCCUGGCCUAUCCUCAAGCACCACAGGAAUCACCAACACUACCAAGGGGAGUGUGCAACCUUCAAAAGGGGAGGCCAGUGAUGAAGAUGAGGAGACAGAGUAUUUUGAUGCCAUGGAGGAUGCACCAGCUUUUAUCACAGUAACUGCAGACCCCAAACAUCACAGACGUUCUGGCAGUAACCUGAGUGGGGCCAGCGAAGGCCACUCUGAGGAUUGGACCCUGGAGGACAAUGUGUUUGAGAGCUCAAAUCAAUCUGGCUACAAUGAAUCAACUUGCAAAGAUCUCCUACCUAAGAAGAGGAGACGGACUCGUGUCCCAGACAAACCCAACUACAGCCUUAAUCUGUGGAGCAUAAUGAAAAACUGCAUUGGCAAAGAACUUUCCAAGAUCCCUAUGCCUGUAAACUUCAAUGAGCCACUUUCUAUGCUGCAGAGGCUGACUGAGGACUUGGAGUACCACGAGCUGCUGGACAAAGCUGUCAAGUGUGAGAGUUCCACAGAGCAGAUGUGUUUUGUUGCUGCAUUUUCAGUGUCUUCCUACUCAACGACUGUCCACCGCACAGCAAAGCCAUUCAAUCCUCUGCUGGGAGAAACCUAUGAACUAGACCGACUAGAUGAAUUUGGCUUCCGUUCACUCUGUGAGCAGGUGAGUCAUCACCCACCUGCAGCAGCCCAUCAUGUGUUUUCCAAGAGGGGUUGGACAUUGUGGCAGGAAAUCACAAUUGCCAGCAAGUUCAGGGGCAAAUACCUCUCUAUCAUGCCACUAGGCGCCAUUCACUUAGAGUUCCACUCUAGUGGGAACCACUAUGUCUGGAGGAAGGUCACCUCUACUGUUCACAACAUCAUUGUGGGCAAGCUCUGGAUCGAUCAGUCAGGUGAAAUAGAGAUUAUUAACCAUAAGUCAAAAGAUAAAUGCCAGCUGAAAUUCACACCCUACAGCUACUUCUCCAGAGACAUCCCACGGAAGGUGACAGGUGUGGUGACAGAUGCUGAUGGAAAGGCACAUUAUGUCAUGUCAGGGACAUGGGAUGAAAAGAUGGAGUACUCCAAGAUAGUGCAGAGCAGCCAUGGCAACACCAGCUCAGAGGGCAAGCAAAAAACUGUCUAUCAGACACUGACUCCAAAGGUCCUUUGGAAAAAAUACCCUCUCCCAGAAAAUGCAGAGAACAUGUAUUUUUUCUCUGAUCUGGCCCUGACACUGAAUGAGCCUGAGGAGAGGGUGGCCCCCACAGACAGCAGGCUGAGACCUGACCAGCGGCUCAUGGAGAAUGGCAAGUGGGAUGAAGCCAAUGUAGAGAAGCAGAGGCUAGAAGAAAAGCAAAGGGCAGUACGUCGCAGGCGGGAAGCAGAAGCUGUGGAGGCAUUGGAGGAAGGCAAAGACUAUGAAGGCUACAUCCCACUGUGGUUCGAAAGGAAAGUGGAUCCCUUAACAGGGGAGCUGAUCUGUAUUUACAAAGGUGGAUACUGGGAAGCCAAGGAAAAACAGGACUGGAGUAUGUGCCCUGAUAUCUUCUGAGCCGCUCCUCCCACAGUGGGACAGCAGAUCCCCAGGGGACCUCUCCCAUCUACAAGAUAAGAGGAUUUGUGAAUGGGAUGCAUCCGGCAGCAUCCCAUGGUUGACAUAACAGUGCACGGAAACACACAUGCGGAAAAUGAAUACAGAAAUUAAAAAAAAAAAUCAAAACAGGGAUUCCAAACUAUUUUUUAUGCACUAAUAAAAUAGCAUUCAAUUUUUUUUUAAUGGUGGCUUUUUUUUAGCUACUAAUUAGGAACAAGGACAAGUUAGUUAAUUUUAGCCUAGCAUAUUUAUUGCUGUCAGGAGUUGCUGCCUAUAUUUUUUGAAGCCUCAGCUUUAUUGACGGAGAUGCUGACUUCCAAAGAUGCACACAUUUUGGGGAAAUGAUGUACAUUCAUUUGAACUCUUCUUUUUUUUAUUUUUUUUUCAUUUGUUUGUGGACUUAAUUGAAAAAAAGAAAAAAAUCUACUUCAAGUUCAGGUUCAUUUUUAACUACACAAGCGACUUGCUGAUCUCAUUCACUUCAGAAGCUCUAGGGAAAAGAUUAUUUUAUAGGAACUGUAGGUUAGGUGCUUACUCCUCAGUUCUCUCAGUAGCUCCCGACAGUGCCCGAUGUUGCCUCCAUAUGAAUUAAGAUAUUUCCGUGAAGCUCUUUAGAUGACUUUUCUUUUUUAUAGAAGCAUUUGAACAGAUUUCUUUCAAUCUGCAAUAUUUAGUCACUAUUUUUAGAACAAUCUCUAACAAGAUGCUUUUUUGAGUGUUGUUUUUUUUUUUCUUCCUGAAACUAUGUCCUAAUGAGAAACAGUUCCUUUUAGAGAUCAGGAAGCAGGCAAUCUAACUAGGGAAACUUUUACACGAAAACUAGAGUGAGAACUUGUGAACUAGAGCAAAGACCCUUAUCAGCAGUUUGUAGACUAACGGGUACCACCAGUGCUUGUAGCAAUCUGUAGCCAACUCCUGACUCAGCAUAUCGAGUUAUCUUCCCCUUCGUAUCUUUGCAGUAGCAACUGAUGUUCUGACUGUCCAUACCUCAUAGAGAUACUACUGGGCAGGGAUUAGGUGCUGAGCUGUCUCCUGACACAAGGCACAAGGGAAGGUGAAAAUGGUUGCUAUUGCAUGGCUGGUCCCCAAAAUGUACUGGAGUGCUGGUUCCUUUGUAAAGCAUGAAUAGAAGGGGUGGAAUACAGAGAUGCUGAUAAAGCAGCCUGGUUGAGAAAGAGCCCACUAUGGGAACCAGGUUAGCAUGAAGGUGUAAUUAGAUGUGCUUUCACAAGGAGAUGGCUCCCCUAUCCCUUCUUUUUCCCUGUGCCCAUUAUCUUAAGACUUCCUUCCCAUCCUAUGCUGCUACUAUCUCCUUGUCAUUCCUUUCUCUGCCUCAGCCCAGCUCUAGUACUAUCUAUUUAUUAUUUUACAGAGUUUAUAUCUUCCAGUUGAUCUGUAUUGGGAUGGCUGCACCUCCUGCAUCCUGGUUCCCAUUCAUAUCCUUCCAUGUAUAAGCAAAGAUGGGCCUGAUCCAAGAUCUGCGGACAUGGCAGGGAAGGGCCAAGAUUCCAGAGGUGCCUCUCACCCCUUUGCUCAUGAGGGGCCAGUCCAAAGUGAUUCUGAGCACCCACUCCAAUACCUUGGAGAGAUUUAAAAUCCAAAUACAAGUCUAGCCGUAUUAAGCAUGAAACUGCAUUAAAGUCACUUUCAGGCCAAUGAGAGAGGUGCCUGCUUUCUUGCCUAGUAGCUGUGGAAACAGAUCGCACCUUUCCAUCCUCCAGCAAGAAUGAGAUGAGCAGCUAAGUACCAUCAUGCUUCCCAGAGGAAGACUUAGGGAGCCUCUGAGCAGAAUCUGUUCCUGCUUCCUUCCCAAAAGCACAAAUCCUGCCCUUUUCAGCCAAGGGGAACAUGGGAGGAUGUUGGGAGGAUGAUGUCUUAAAAAGUCCCUGCUGAGGAACAAACAGGGAAAUCCAACCUCUGACUUUUCUGCCACCUUGUUGUGACAUGUCUAUUAUCUAAAUUCCCUCCCAAGUGGACUUUCAGUCAAAGACCAAAGUAUUGCUUCCCAGGUUAGCAUGAGAGCCCCA